AUGACGGAGUUUUGCCGCAGUGUACGUACACCUCUCGAGAAAGCAAACGAAGCGCGAGGAGGGUUUCUGGGGCCCAAGCCAACCAAGGGGAUUAAAAUCAGCAGCAGCAGCAGCAGCAGCAGCAGCAGCAGCAGCAGCAAGGGGGCUAGACGGUCAUUGUCUCCUGAUAGUAUGCAGGAGCGAGAAGAGAGAGAAGAGGGAGAGGUGGUGGAGACGGAGAAUAAAGAGGAGGGAGAAGAAGACGAAGACUCAGAGCCCGAGUUUAUGGCCGAACAGCCAAUCGGAGAUUCCGUCUCAGGGGCACUGGCGUAUCUACAGAGCAAAGAUUUUUUUUCUUUGGAUAAAAUUCGGCGAAGACGGGGCCACCACCUCGAGCAGCCGCUGCACAACGCGGAGAACGAAAAAGAAGUAAACAUAGAUUACAGAGAUGCUUUUGGGAAUGUUAUGGAGAACUUGCUGGAUUCUUUGCCUACUCUGAAGGCGCUACAAAAAGUACAGGAGGGCGAGGGCACCGCCCACCUCAUACUCACCGGGGGAAACAUAGACACCUAA